AUGGAAGACGGUGUAGUUGAUGAUCAAGAGUGGCAAGAAGAAGUUGUUGUCCUACGCUCCGGUAUUGAAAGAUUAACUUCUAUGGUUCAAGACUUGGUGGCUGCUCAUAAUCAGCCAUCAACCCAAGCUCAGACUGCUGUGAUCUCUGAGAUAGAGACUGCUCAAAUUCCUGCCUUUCAUGUGACAAAUCCUACGACCACUAGACCAUAUGGGAUAGAGAUGGAUUUCCAAUUGGCUGGACAACAGAUUCCUGUUCCACAGACAACAAUUCCUCAGGCUAUCAUGACCACUGCGCCUACUACAAUGAAUGUUAUCCCUGUCCAAAAUGAACAAAUUUUCCAUGGUGCUCCUUCUGAAGGUAUGGGUAGAUUAGAAGAAUUUGAAGACCAAUUUAUGGAAAUGCAAAAAGAGAUCAAAUCCCUUAGAGGAAAAGAUCUAUUUGGAAAAGAAGUAAAUGAUUUAUGCUUGGUUCCGAAUGUCAGAGUUCCGGCCAAGUUCAGACUCCCAGAGUUGGAGAAGUACAAAGGGAAUUCUUGUCUUCAAAGUCAUCUGAUCAUGUAUGUAAGGAAAAUGUCCAUGCACACGGAAGAUCAACGCUUGAUGAUUCAUUACUUUCAAGAUAGCUUAUCUGGAGCUGCUUUGAAAUGGUACAUGGGUUUUAAUAGUACUCACAUCCGUACUCUCCAUGACCUAGGAAAAGCCUUCAUCAGACAUAACAAAUACAACAUUAAUAUGGCACCGGACAGAGAUCAACUUCGUGCUAUGUCCCAAAGAGAAAAAGAAUCUUUCAAAGAGUACGCGCAAAGAUGGCGUGAACUAGUUGCUCAAAUUAUUCCACCAAUGGAAGAAAAAGAAAUGACCAAAGUGUUCCUUAAGACACUAAGCACAUUUUAUUAUGAGAAGAUGGCAGCCAGUGCUCCCAACGACUUUACUGAAAUGGGAAACAUGGGGAUGCGACUUGAAGAAGGUAUCCGAGAAGGUCACUUCAUCAAAGAAGCCAUUUCAUCACUAUCAAGUGGUGGCGUCAAAAGAUUUGGUAGUAAGUUUGCCAAGAAAAAGGAAGAAAUUGUGAGUGCCAUCUCAAGAAAAAGACGGUACCAACCACAACAGAUUGCUGUUGUAACUCCAGUUAUUAGCCAAGCUCCGCCUCAGAAUGUGCAGAAGCCUCAGCUUCAACAGCCUCGACAACAGGCUCCUCAACAAAAUCAACAAAGGAAAUAUCUGCCUUUUGUUCAUAUUCCGAUGACUUAUACGGAAUUGCUUCCUAUGUUACUUCAGAAGAAUUUAGUUCAACUUAGGGAUCCUCCUCCUCCUGCUAAUCCAUCAUUUUGGUACAAGGCGGAUGCUCGCUGUGGUUUUCACAAGAAUGCUUCUGGUCAUACUGUGGAAAAUUGUUAUCCUCUCAUGAGUGAAGUACAGAAACUGGUCCGAAGCAAUAUGCUCACCUUCAAGGAUGUCAAUCCUAAUGUUUAA